AUGAAAAACUUAAGUCUUAAACAAUCUAAAAGGCAAAAAUAUAAUUCUGUUUGUUCAGAUGACAGAUAAAAAAUAAUCAAAAUGUUUUUAGAAAAUGAUUAUACUGCCAUCUAAAUUGCUCAACUUACAGGACAUAAUUUAUCAACUAUCAAAGCUAUUUACAGAAUAUAUAAAAAUGAAGGUAGAAUUAAUAAAAAAGAAAGGCGAGAUAGAUAAAUCAAUAUUUAAUAAAAUGUGGUUGUAUUGAUGGUGGAUGAAAAAACAAGAAAAAUGAAAAUUAUAAGGAAAUAAUAAUUAAAGCAAGAGUUUAUCAUGAAGAAUACAGAGUAUACUUAUGAGUCUAUUCAGAAUACAAUUAAUUAAACUUUUUAAAAUUCGACUGCUGAUUUAAUUAAACAAUUAGAUGGUUUAUCAUCAAAAUAAUGCUUUAAUUAAUUAAUUAAAAAAAUUUAAAUAGAAGGAUUAGAUAUCAAAGAUUUUAAGGAGAUUUCUGAAAUCACAAAUAAAUUUAAAAAUAGAAUUAAGAUUUCAUCUUAAAUAUAAUAUUUUCAAAAUCUUUUUUCUCAAUAAGAAUCAAAUUAUUAAGAAAAAUAACCCUAACCUACCCAAAAACUUAAUCAUUCUCUAAAUCAUGAUAUCAAUGACCUUAAGAGGAUUUUUGAGUUUCAGAUUAAAGAUUAUUUUUUAUAAUCUAACGAUAAUUUGAAAUGA